UCAAUUCUUUGACAAUUCUUGACCAGAACAGACUCGACAGUAGACAUACAUACCCAUACCCUCCCUCUUAGAUAAUCUCGUCUAGUGCUCUGACUGCUCAGACGUCUCCCGCGACAUGGCUGAAAUUCAUGACCAGUUCGACACUAUUCUCAUCUUGGACUUCGGCUCUCAGUACAGUCAUCUGAUCACGCGAAGGUGUCGAGAGCUCAAUGUCUAUGCUGAGCUCAUGCCAUGCACCGAAAAGAUGAAGGACCUCAAAUUCAAACCGAAAGGAAUCAUCCUAUCUGGCUCUCCAUACUCUGUCUACGAUGCCGAUGCACCGCAUGUCGACCCUGAUGUCUUCGAAAUGGGCGUUCCUGUUCUCGGCAUUUGCUACGGUCUCCAGGAGAUGGCAUGGAAUAUGAACGGAAAGGUUAUGAAGUGCGACCACAGGGAGUACGGCUUCGCGCAGUUGCAGAUAAACAAGAUAGGGUCAGACAAGAGCUCAGUGGAUGCUCUCUCUGCGGGCCCGGGAGACGAGACAGAAUCAGGCAAGAGCCCAGCGGACGCUCUCUCUGAGGGCCCGGGAGACGAGACAGGGCCAGGCAAGAGCUCAGUGGACGCUCUCUCUGCAGGCCCGGGAGACGAGACAGGGUCGGGCAAGAGCUCCGUGGACGCUCUCGCUGAGGGCCCGGGAGACGAGACAGGGUCAGGCAAGAGCUCAGGGGACGCUCGCUCUGAGGGCCCGAGAGACGAGAUGGGGUCAGACAAGGGCUCAGCGGACGCUCUCUCUGAGGGCUCGGGAGACGAGAUAGGGUCAGACAAGAGCUCAGUGGACGCUCUCUUUGAGGGCCUGGGAGACGAGAUGCAGGUAUGGAUGUCGCACGGCGACCAAUUGACUGAGAUGCCCUCGGACUUCCACGUCAUCGGAAGCACCAAAACCGCACCCUACGCUGCAGUUGCCCACAAUUCAAAGCCGUUCUAUGGAAUUCAGUUCCAUCCCGAGGUCACACAUACGCCGCGAGGGAAGGAGGUCAUCGGCCGGUUCGUUCUGAACAUUUGUGGAUGCAAACCAAACUGGACCAUGGAAGAGUUUAUCGGCAAAGAAAUCGCUCGCAUCCGCCAACUUUGCGGUCCUAAGGGUCGUGUCAUUGGUGCCGUCAGCGGAGGAGUAGACAGCACAGUUGCGGCGAAGCUCAUGCACGAAGCGAUUGGUGACAGAUUCCAUGCCAUCAUGGUCGACAACGGUGUUCUCCGUCUGAAUGAAGCGCAACAAGUCCAUACCAUGCUGAACCGCGACCUUGGUGUGAACCUCACCGUGGUCGAUGCAUCCGAGCUCUUCCUCUCCCGUCUCGCCGGCGUAGAGGACCCAGAACAGAAGCGCAAGAUCAUUGGCAACACGUUCAUCAAUGUUUUCGAGGAUGAGGCCGCCAAGCUCGAGGCUGUUACAGCAGAAAAGGAGGCAAGCGGUGCCGAGGCGAAGGGCAAGAUCGAGUGGUUGCUGCAGGGCACGCUGUAUCCCGACGUCAUUGAGAGUAUCAGCUUCAAAGGCCCGAGCGCGACGAUCAAGACGCACCACAACGUCGGCGGUCUGCUGAAGGAUAUGAAGCUCAAGUUGAUUGAACCGCUUCGAGAGCUCUUCAAGGAUGAAGUCCGCGCUCUCGGCAGACUGCUCUCCAUUCCGGCCCCGCUCGUGCAGCGCCAUCCCUUCCCCGGACCUGGGCUUGCGAUCCGCAUCCUUGGUCCUGUGACACGCGAGCAGGUCAAGAUCCUGCAGCUAGCGGAUUCCAUCUACAUUGAGGAGAUCCGCAAGGCGGGACUGUACGACAAGAUUAGUCAAGCGUUCGCGGUGUUGCUGCCAGUCAGGGCUGUCGGUGUCAUGGGCGACAAGCGCACGUACGAGCAGGUUAUCGCUCUGCGCGCUGUGCAGUCGGAAGAUUUCAUGACUGCGGAUUGGUUCGCCUUCCCUCCGGAAGUCCUGCGCAGGAUAUCCUCCCGCAUUACGAACGAGGUCGAGGGCAUCAAUCGCGUCACCUAUGAUAUCUCUUCCAAGCCGCCUGCAACGGUUGAGUGGCUGUAGACGAAAAGGCGCCACGCUUUAGUGCGCUACAUGGUCAUUGUUUAUAGAUGCUACCUCACGACACAAAGCAAUUUGCUGGAAUGUAUAGAGCUGUGAAUGGCUGAACGUACAUAGAUACCUUGUUGACGAUGUGCGUCUAUGGCAAGACACAGCAUCGUCCAAUCAUAAGCGUCAAUGCAGGCCAUUGCCGCUUUGUGU